AUGGCCUUUCCGACGUUGCCAACUCUAACUAGCAAAAACGACUCGCCACCGCUGUUAGAGAGAAACAGAGUAAGUCGCUGCGUCGACCAGCAUGAUCUCUGCAAGUUCUGGGGUUCCAUCGGAGAAUGCCAGGCAAACAAGGAAUGGAUGGAAGACCAUUGCCCUGUUUCCUGUGAUGUGUGCAACGGCACGAUGGCGUGCGUCGACCGGCACCGGCUGUGCAGUUUCUGGUCGGCGAUCCGGGAGUGCGAGACGAACGCUGUCUGGAUGCUGGCGAACUGUGCGCGAGCGUGCAAGGCUUGUAAAGGCAGAACAGUCGGUAUCACUGGAGGAUCUGGGAAGGACGGUGUAUUUCGUGAAGAAGACUGCACAUUCGUCACUACUCACGAAGGGAAGGCUUACACUUCCCAUCGCAAAACACUUUCUAUCAAUGACGUUAGAAACAGCAAUGCAAACUUCAAUUGUGCACCAACUCAGCAAUCUCCCAACUGCAACAGAAACCUCUGCUACCAUUUGAGAUUUCGAACGUUUGAUGGCACAUGUAACAAUCUGAACCGUCCCUUGGCUGGAUCAGCAUUUAGUGCUUUGGUGAGGCUCAAGACACCGAUGUACGAUAACGGUCUUAACGCUCCGACGUCGUCAUUCACUCGGACACGCCCAUCCUCCCGUGACGCGUCACGUCUGCUGCUCUCUUCCCCAGCACAGAUCCCACACCAUUCUAAUGCGCUCCUGAUGCAAUGGGGUCAAUUCAUUGCUCACGACAUGUCCAAGACCACCAUGCUGAACAACCAGGAGUGCGCCGCGUGCACUUCGAACCAAGGCCGAUGCUUUUCCGUCUUUCUUUCCAGGGCAGAUCCGACGUUUGGACGAUUCAUGUGCCUACCUGUUGCUCGGUCAACCCCGGUCUGUGGAACUGGUCAGAGCAACAUCCGUGAGCAGUUUAAUGAAAACACCGCCUUCGUCGACGGAUCUAUGAUCUAUGGCAGCAGCGAUCGUGAUCAGUUUCUCUUCCGACGUGGCGCCUUUCUGAAGACGAAACUCGUCAAAAACAGGGUGUUUCCACCAAUCGAUACGAAUAUGAACGUAGUGGCUGGUGACGACAGGGCAAAUAUUUUUGUCGGUUUGGCAGCUCUUCACACCUUGUUCGUUCGUGAACACAACAAAAUUGCCUCCACACUGCAACAGGUGAAUCCUCAUUGGGAUCAGGAGCGAAUAUUCCACGAAACGAGGAAGAUCAUUGGCGCUAUCAUACAGAAGAUAACCUACUAUGAGUAUUUACCACGUGUUCUUGGAGAAGAAUUUGAGCGGCGAAUUGGUGAUUAUACUGGCUAUGACAAGAAUACUGAUCCCUCAGUGGCAAACGAAUUCACCAGCUGUGCCUUCCGAUUCGGUCACGGCAUGAUUCAGGAGUUCUAUCCGUUCUUGGAUGAGAAAUUUCAAAAUGUUGGUGGAAUCCCGUUCAACGAUGGCAUGUUCAAGAGCAUUCACAUUCUUAAUAAUGGUAUCGACCCAUUGCUUCGUGGUUUUAUCACGCUUCCGGCCAAAAUGCCUCAACGACUCACACCUGCGGUUACUGAGAGGAUCUUUGGAAAUUCUGAUCUUGGAUCGAUCAACAUCCAAAGAGGAAGGGACCAUGGCGUGCCAGCGUUUACACGUUGGAGAACAUUCUGCGGUUUGCCCGAAAUCAAAGAGUUCGACGACCUCAACAAAACAAUCACAAAUAAGGUUGUCAUCGAAAACCUUCGGGUUAUGUAUAAACAUGUAGAUGCUAUUGACAUGUACGUGGGCUCCUUGUUGGAGGACCCAGUGAAAGAUUCUCUAGUAGGUCCUACACUGGCCUGCGUCAUCGGCGAGCAGUUUAAACGCAGUAGGAAUGGAGAUAGGUUUUACUUCGAGAAUGAGAAGGUGUUCACAUUGGAUCAGCUGCAUCAAAUUCGUAAGAUCACCAUAGCGCGGGUUCUAUGCGAUUCUGGCGAGAACUUCGCGUUCGUCCCACGUCGUGCGUUCAACGUCUUCAAACCGUCCAGAGACUCACUCAUGCGGUCAGUACAGUUCCAGCUGCAUGACAUUAAAUUGAUAACGUCUUGA